UUCCUAGGAAGCCCUAGCUUAAAGGAAGCCUCCCCACAUUUCUCUUCUCUCGCCCUCGCCUGUGAUUCUCAAGCGAAGCCUUCAUUCCGAUUCUUGUCCUCUGCGUUUCCGAGAUAAAGGAUCUGCAUUUCGGAACGGUUGCCUGUGGUUUUUGUCAUUCUCGUGGUUCUUGUUCUCUGUGUUUUUCCGGGGAAAAGGAGCCGCCUUUCGAUUUUGGGACAAAGAUGCAUGCUCCAUCCAAGAAGAGAAAUGUAGUGGAGAAUGGGGAUGAAGGGAUUGAUGUUGUCCUUGUGAGGUCGAUCAUAAAUGGGGAGCAUGAGAAUGUGGGCCCCAUUGUUAGGUAUGCAUUUGAGAGAGGGAAGCCUGAGGCCCUCUUGCACCAACUCGUGAAUCUGGUUGGUAAGAAGGAAGUGGAGAUAGAAGAGCUGUGCAGACUUCACUAUGAGGAAUUCAUUCUUGCGGUUGAUGAGUUACGGGAUGUGUUGGUCGACGCUGAUGAACUCAAGAGCUCGCUGUCAAACCAGAAUUUCCAGCUACAAGAGGUGGCAAGUACACUUUUACCAAAGUUUGAUGAGCUCCUUGAGCUUUACUCGAUCAAGAAAAAUGUCACAAAGGCCAUAGAAACAUUGGAGGUCUGUUUGCAACUCUCAAAACUAUGCCUGACAUGCAACAUGCAUGUCUCAAACAACCGGUUCUACCCUGCAGUGAGGAUCUUGGACUUGAUCGAGAAGGAUUACAUACAAAAAACUCCAUUUCAGGCCCUCAGGAAGGCAAUCGAGAAGCAGAUACCUGUAAUUAAGCUGCACAUUGAAAAGAAAGUGUGUAGUGAGUUCGAUGAUUGGUUAGUUCACAUAAGGAGCAUGGCUGUGGAGAUUGGGCAGUUGGCUAUCGGACAUGCUUCGUCAGCCCGACAAAGGGAAGACGAAAAGCGUGCUCGCCGGGAGGAAGCUGAAAAGCAGAGUCGGUUUGGUGUUGGUGAUCCUGUGUACACAUUGGAUGUUGAGCAUGUUGAUGAAGAUUCGGUGCUAGAGUUUGAUCUGGCCCCAGUAUAUCGGGCACACCAUAUACACAGCUGCCUCAGUCUUGAGGAUAAAUUUCGCAAGAACUAUUACAAGAAUCGGUUAAUGCAGCUGAAUUUGGACUUGCAGAUGCCGCCAGUUCAAUCCUUUCUUGAAUCUCACAGACCUUUCUUUGCACAAAUUGCUGGGUUUUUCAUUGUGGAAAACCGAGUUUUACAAACUGCUGGGGGAUUGGUGUCAGAGAGCCAGGUGGAGACCUUAUGGAAUACAGCUAUCUCAAAGAUGACAUCCGUUCUAGAGGAUCAGUUCUCUCGUAUGGACACCGCAAACCACCUUCUUCUUAUAAAAGACUUUGUUACUCUUGUUGCUGACACUCUCAUGCACCAUGGGUAUGGGUUAACACCUUUGCUUGAGGUUCUUGAUAACAACAGAGACAAGUACCAUGAACUUCUCCUCAGUGAAUGCCGCAAGCAAAUAGGAGACACCCUUGCAAGUGAUACCUUUGAACAGAUGGUGAUCAAGAAAGAGUAUGAGUACAAUAUGAAUGUAGUGUCAUUCCAUCUUCAGUCCUCAGAUACACUGCCAGAUUUUCCAUAUAUUGCGCCAUUCUCUUCCUCUGUUCCAGACAUAUGUCGCGUAGUGCGUUCCUUCAUUGAGGACUCUGUCAACUAUUUGUCAUAUGGAGGUCCUGUCAACUUUGAUGAUGUUCUAAAGAAGUAUCUCAACAAGCUUAUGAUUGAUGAUCUGAACAAGGCUCUACUAAAGGUGAUCCAUACAGGUAAUUUAGAUGUAUCACAGGCGAUGCAAAUUGCUGCCAACAUAGCUGUUUUGGAAUGCACUUGUGAUCUUUUCCUAUGUCAGACUGCCCAGCUUUGCUCGGUCCCUUUACACUUAGUUGAAAGGCCUCAUGUUGGAUUGACUGCCAAGGCUGUUUUCAAGGCAUCACAGAAUGCUGCUUAUGAUGCAUUGCUGAAUGUGGUUGAUUCUAAGUUGGACGAGUACCUCGCUCUCAUGAACAACAUCGAAUGGACAGCCGACAAAGCCCCAGAACAUGCAAAUGAUUAUAUCCAAGAAACUGUUAUAUAUCUUGACUCCCUUAUCUCUACUGCUCAACAGAUUUUGCCUUUAGAUGGUAUCUACAAAGUCGGGGUUGGUGCUCUGAAUCAUAUUUCUGAUUCUAUUAUGGCAGCUCUUCUUAGCGAUAGGCUAAAAAGGUUCAACCUGAAUUCUGUCAUUGGCAUUGACAAUGAUUUGAAAAUGUUGGAAUCAUUUGCAGAUGAAAGAUUUCAAAGCACAGGUCUCAGCGAUCUAAGGAAAGAUUGCAGUUUCCGAGAUUGUUUAAUAGAAUCCAGGCAGUUGGUGAACCUUGUACUAAGCAAUCAGCCUGAGAAUUUCAAGAAUCCUGUAAUGAGGGAGAAAAGUUAUGGUGCUUUGGACUACAAAAAAGUUGCGAUUAUCUCUGAAAAAUUCAAGGAUUCAUCAGAAAAGUUAUUUGGGAGCCUUUCUAACUGGAGCACAGAGCCAAAAUCCCGGAAGAAGUCAAUGGACAUGUUGAAAAGAAAGCUGAAAGAGUUCAGCUGAAUUAACCAUUCAGGUCAGUUAUCAUGGAAUUCCCUCGAUCUUGUCGUGGCAUGGUAGAGCUUUCAAGUGACAAAUAGAAAAGUUAGAUUACAUGAUAGCAGAUGCAACCAGCAGCAUCUCCCAAUGUUGACCUCCCAUUGUUAUGGUGACCAGUAAAUUACUGAAGAACAGAGAACAAUGAGAACAAGGUCAGUCUGUCACUGUUGCAGAAAACAAGAACAGUCAGAUCAAUUCAACUUUCCAGGAUCAAAUUUCAGCUAACAAGCUAGAAAUAGAACCCACAUCUCUAACCAUGGUGACGAUGAGGAAAUAUCAUCAUUGAAUAUUGGAGUUUCCAUGUUAACAUACUAUGGGAAUUAACAUGAUUGACAAUCAGGGAUUGAUGAUGCGGGUCACUAAGGCCAGCAAACUAAUGGCAGUGGUAAAGGUAAGUUUAACGACAAGUGGCUAAUAGCAUGAGCAAUAUCCAUUAGUAAUUGAUAAUUAAAUUUAGAAAGUUAUAGAUGCUUGCGAUUGAUGUAGAUGAAUGAGAAGGGUUCAUGAUCAUGCCUCGCCACCUUUGAUGUUAUUCCAUCGCAAGCUUUGCAGCCAAGGUGCUAGGUGCAUGUUCAUGAUCCUUUUUGGCAAUAUCUUUUUUUUUUUAAAACUUUUGGUGCUUAGCUUGUACUGGGUGUGCAAUAGACUUGUAGUUCCAUUUUGUCUGGUUGGCAGUGGAUUUUGUUGUGUUUCUGUUUUAUAAAACGCUCAAGUGUUCUAGGCUGAGUGACAUUGUGUAGAGGGAAACCAUCAAAAUAACCUUGAUUUCAUGUGCCAUGAGCUGUUUUUGAUA